AUACUAUUCCUUGUUUCUCACCAAAACCCAAAAUGGGAUACUCCACAACAUUAGUUGCUUGUUUCAUUACCUUUGCUAUAUUAUUUCACUCAUCUCAAGCUCAAAACUCUCCCCAAGAUUAUCUUAACCCUCACAAUGCAGCUCGUAGACAAGUUGGUGUUGGUCCCAUGACAUGGGACAAUAGGUUAGCGGCCUUUGCCCAAAAUUAUGCAAAUCAGAGAGCUGGGGACUGCAGGAUGCAGCAUUCCGGUGGCCCUUACGGCGAAAACCUAGCCGCCGCCUACCCUCAGCUCCACGCGGCGGGAGCAGUAAAGAUGUGGGUUGAUGAGAAGCAAUUUUACAAUUAUAAUUCAAAUACUUGUGCAGCGGGAAAAGUGUGUGGACACUAUACUCAGGUGGUGUGGCGUAACUCAGUACGUCUUGGUUGUGCUAGGGUUCGAUGCAACAAUGGGUGGUAUUUUAUAACAUGCAAUUAUGAUCCACCUGGUAAUUGGAGAGGACAACGUCCCUACGGUGAUCUUGAAGAGCAACAUCCCUUUGAUUCCAAGUUGGAACUUCCAACUGAUGUCUAGUAAUAACGGUUUACGUGAUCAAAUAAUGAAUAAAAGCUUUGUCAUGUGUUAAGGAAAAUUAAAUAAAUACCAGUACUAUGCUAUGUGAUGUUAUCUUCUUACCCAGUGGAUAAUAAUCCAAUGGUGUAGCAAGGGGUGGAUUUACUGUUAUCUACUUGUUUUACAUUUGUUUUUGGUGGUAUUAUGGAGGUGUGUAUAUGUAUGUGUUUUGAUGAAUAAACAAAGUGAACAAGGUGAUGAGUCAACAGCGAUGUAAAUUUGUUCUUUGAUUAAUAUAAUUACUUACUAGA